CCGGUGGCGCACGCACUUGCUGUCAAUUUAGGAAGUGGAAGAAAUAUAUAUUUGACAUCAAAUUUCUGCAGAAUGGAAGCAUAUGAUGUCAUAGCCAACCAGCCUGUUGUCAUCGACAAUGGGUCUGGUGUUAUCAAGGCAGGAUUUGCUGGAGAUCAGAUACCAAAAUACCAUUUCCCUAAUUUCAUUGGACGUCCCAAACAUGUCAGGGUCAUGGCUGGUGCCUUAGAAGGUGAUACAUUUAUAGGACCAAAAGCUGAGGAACACAGGGGACUACUUAGUAUAAACUACCCUAUGGAACAUGGUAUAGUGAACAAUUGGAACGACAUGGAAAGAAUAUGGCAGUAUAUUUAUUCUAAAGAUCAACUACAGACUUUCUCAGAAGAGCAUCCAGUCUUGCUGACAGAAGCUCCCUUCAACCCUAGGAGAAAUAGAGAAAAAGCAGCUGAAAUAUUUUUUGAAACAUUUAACGUACCAGCUCUAUUUAUUUCUAUACAAGCUGUACUUAGUCUGUACGCUACAGGUAGAACUACAGGGGUUGUCCUAGACUCUGGGGAGGGGGUUACCCACGCUGUGCCAAUUUAUGAGGGCUUUGCCAUGCAACAUAGCAUAAUGAGGGUAGAUAUAGCUGGUCGAGACGUUAGCCGAUAUCUUAGACUUCUACUCAGAAAAGAAGGACAUAAUUUCCAUACUUCUGCAGAAUUAGAAAUUGUUAGAACGAUUAAAGAGAGAGCAUGUUAUUUAUCUAUCAAUCCACAGAAAGAAGAAACCAUGGACACAGAAAAGACUGCAUACACAUUGCCAGAUGGAAGCACCCUAGAGGUUGGUCCUGCUAGGUUUAGAGCACCAGAACUUCUAUUCAGACCUGACCUAAUAGGUGAAGAAUAUGAGGGUAUACACGAUGUCUUACAUUACGCAAUCCAAAAAUCAGAUAUGGAUCUCCGUAGGGUGCUUUAUCAGAAUAUUGUCCUCUCUGGAGGCUCAACUUUAUUUAAAGGUUUUGGUGAUAGAUUAUUGAGCGAAGUGAAGAAAUUAGCCCCAAAAGAUAUCAAAAUUAGAAUAUCAGCCCCCCAAGAAAGAUUAUACUCUACAUGGAUUGGUGGUUCUAUCCUAGCAUCUUUAGAUACAUUUAAGAAAAUGUGGGUAGCCAAGAGAGAAUAUGACGAGGAAGGAGCCCGUGCGAUUCAUAGAAAAACAUUCUAGUAUUGUUGCAACAUCUAGAACAUGCUUCAUUAUACUGCAAUUGUGAAAUGUACUCAUAUACAAUGGACUUUUGUUCAUUCUGGUCUAUUGUUACAAAUAUGUGUUUUAAAUGCUGUCAUGUGGUCUCUGCAUGAUCCGCAGAAUGAAGACAGGGGAACAUUGUUUUCUACAUGAAUUGUCUGCUUGUUAUGGAUUUAUGAUGAUGUGGUCAUUGGCUUGCUGUCCUGAUUUGCUUCAUAGUGUUCUGCUUAUACUGGCAUUGAGUAUAUAGCAUAUCAGAAGUAUAGAUGUCAUCCAGGCAAAUAUAUGCACACAUAAUCUAAUGUCAAAAUUCCUCCAGUCCCUCUCUAGACCUUCUGCCAAUGCUGCAUGUAAUUUCCAUAAGAGAGCUAGGUCUGUAUUUACUUACUGUUUGGGUGCUAAGGAAAAAGAGAAGUUAAAGGAUGAUGCGUUUUGUGUCUUCAAUUUAAGGCCACUUCAGGCCUGGACAAUUCUCAAAAAUGACCCUAUAUUUGUUGCAGGACUGUCUGGCAUUCAGCUCUAUAGGGUUCGUCUGAUCUUUGACUGACUGUGAUUUUGUGGCUAGAAUGGGGCUUCCAAUAUAGCUGCUCCUUCUAAUUCAAUGUAUUUAAACAUCUUUGUUACUUUACUCAAUUUUGAGGAAGUCACUUUAGGAAAGAUCUUUAAUCUGUUUAACUUGACUUGAAUCAUUUGUAAUUGCGGGGAAUAACAAUUGUACGAUGCCAUGAGUCUAUAAUCAAUGUUUUAUAAUGAAAUAAUUAUGUCAUGUUUAUAAAAAUUAUGACCACAACAUGUGUUCGGAACAGAGCUUUGAAUUGGGACAUUUCACAUGUGUUGGACCUAAUUUGUUUGUAAUGUGUAAGAGAAAAUUCAAAUUGUGUUCUUUAAUGUACCAUUUGUAUGCACCGAAUACAAUCUUAAAUAUCAUUAUAGCAAUGACUUUGUAGGCCAGCUUUUUUAUGUUUUCACAAUACAUUAAAAUGUUAAGAUUUGUCGCCUAAGGGGUCAUGUCAAAAUCCCAAUGCCCAAUGAAUAGCAUAAUUGAUCUUGAUAUUGAUUUAUGCAUUGAUUACUAGGAGUUCGGCUCGUUUGUAUGAGUUUUUAUAGUCAAAUAAAUGCACAAUUCAUACACAGACAUAAAUGAACAUAACACUGAAUAAAAGUACUGAAUGAAAGCUUUAAUAAAGUUUAAUAUCAGGCUCCAAUAUUCAAAACAAAAACUGUACUAUACUUUUUGCCAUAAUUUAUAUGAUGUAAAAGGUGAAGGUGUAGGUUUUUUCUAAUUUUUAAUGAUUUUAUUAUGAACAAGUUACUUAAUACUUAGCUUGCGUAGUUGAAGUAGAGCUACUUCAUUCAUAUUUAUUUCAUAACUGAAAUCUCAUGUUUUAGAAAUAAUGCAUAUUUAUUUACAUAUUCAUUGUAUUGAGUAAUUGAAGAGGGUUUAUAUCAUUGUGUUGUUGUAUUACAAAUAUUGCAUUUAGAAUUAAAUAACCAUCAUCCUCCCCAUCCUCCUGAAUUUGUUGGGUAUCAUAAAUGAACCUUUGAUUGGAAGGAGGAGGUUAAAAUCAGAAAUACACCCUGCUAUGAUAAGACAAGGCUAAGGGAGAGUUCCCCUGCUAAAUGCAUAGUGAUAUUGAAAUUAAUAACGUUUCAAUUGCAGAUUUCAAAUAUUGUUAAAAUGUGAUAAUUUUCAAAAUAGUAUCUCAACUAGUCUAUCCUUAGUUGUCCUUUUAAAUAUGCCAAAAUUACUUCCUCGUGUUAUUCAGUUAUCAUCCAUAUUUAAAUGCUUUACUUGUGAGGUCUUCAUGUAGAAGUUUUAAUAUAGAAGACAGUAUAUAUACUACUACUACUCAUACAUUGACUGUGUAUUUGAAAGGUACAUAGAUGUAUAUAUAUAUUAUACAUGUAAUGUAAAUUGUAUAAUAUCAACAAUGUACAAAAUAAAAUAAAAUUGAAC